AUGCUGUCAGGUAUAGCUGGGCAUGCCACACCGUCGGGCAGCUUCGUCACGCCAAAGCCUGUCACAAGGGGACAGCGCGGCCAGCGUGGGGGCAGGAGCGCUACUCCAAAGACCGAGCCCGGCAGCAGCGGCCGCAGAGCCGCCGCCUCAGUGCCCAGGCCCCGCGCCGCCUCUGCUCGCACACCACGAGCGACGCCGCGAACUACUGCUGGACCUGCAAGGAGGCGGCGGUCUGCCACAUCAGAUCAGUCGCCAGAUGACACAGAAGGAGGCAGCGAAGGCGCAGAUGUCAUCGAGACGGCGGCGAGGCCCCGGUCGGCGCCGGUGAGAGUUUAUGCGCGGCCGGGGCUGCGGCCGACGCGCAUGCGGCCGCGUUCGCCCAGUCCCAAUCCGGUCAGAACCACGCGCGGCAGAAGCGCUCAGAAGCGCGUGAAGGUGGAGAGUCCCCAGCCCCUGCUGCUUCCACCGGAGGAGGCGCUCGUUCAGGACACACUGUCAGAUGUAGCAGCGGCCACAGGCGACCAGCCUGCGGACCAGCCGGCAGAGGACGUUGCCUCUGCGCGCAGAGAUGAUCUGCCCGGCCAGGGUGUCUCUGUCCCAGUGCAGGAUGCAGCUGUCAGCUGGCAGCUCCCCCAGCCUCACCCACCUGCAGCAGGAUCAACUGAGGAGCACAUGAUGCGAGCAGAGAAGGUUCAAUUAGAAGAGCAUCUCCAUGACAACAUUCCAGUCGCCUGGCCCACCAGCAAUGGGUCAGCGGGCCCUGAAGAGCCUGGAGAACCUUCCAUCAGCGAAGUAGAAAAGCCAGCGCAUGAUCAGCGCUCUCUGCCCUCCUCCAGCGUCAGGCGCAGCUGCGAAAACGGUGACAGUGUCACCACUCCAGCCCAGGCCAGUUUCAAAGAGAAUGCACAGGACGACCCGAACGUCCAACCAGGAAAUUCACCAGCCACAGCAAACAGGAAGGCAGAGGCGGCUGACAGGUCGCGCCGGCCCCGCCAGGGCUUUCUGUCGCUCACUGCAGUUGAGGAAGGGACGGCGGAGCUGGCGGCAGCUGCCGUGAAGCGGCUGCGGCGGCUGAGGAUGUGUCCAGAGGGGCGCGAUGAGAUGGCCACCCACCUUAUCGUCGGCUCGCAGAAGCGGACACUGAAAGUGAUGUUGGCGAUUGCAAAGGGUGCGUGGCUGCUGUCGCCAGCAUGGCUGACAGCUUCCCUGGAGGCAGGCAAGUGGCAGGAUGAGCAGGACUUCCAGGCCGAGGUGGCCUACAGCGCGGCUGCGGCUGCGGCCAGGCUGCACUACGAGCAGAGAAAGCCGCCGCUACUGAAGGGCGAGAGCCUGCACAUAGUGGAACCUGAUGCACAAACUCCUCAGACAGCCAGCCGUGUGGCCGCUCUCAAGCGCACCGCGACUGCCCACGGUGCAGAGGUGACAGGCCUGAGGUCUUGCACACUGUGCGUGGUGAUGCAUGGCAGCACCCGCCCGCACCAGUCUUGCGAGGCAGUGACAGAGGACUGGCUGCUGACACUAGCAGAGACCUUCGCGCUGCCACCUCGCGAGGCCCCUUUCACGCUGACAUCAAGAUGA